AAAGAUAUUAAAGACACAUAUAGUGUCUUAUAGGAUCUCAUGGAAAGGCCAUGUUAUUAUUUUAAAGAAAGAAUUCUUUGUAGCAAUGAAGCACUUUUUAUUAUUAAUGAAUCAUCUAUGAUUAUUUCAGUAAUUCGAAAAAAUAUAAGAGAUAUGACAGGAGGAGCAUCUAGUAUUCUUGGAGAAGCUUUUGGAGGAGUACUUGAUGAAGUUUUGAGUGUCGAUAAGGUUCAAAAUGGGCGUAAAAAUUGGAUUAAAUCAAUGGAAAAUUCAUUAUUAUAUAAAUAUUCUCGACUUAAAUGUGAUUUAAUUAAAUGCAAAGAUGUAUCAUCAAUAGAUACAUUAUUACUUUUAGAUCCAUUUAUAUAUACAAUUGAGAAUUCAUCGAUUGAGGCAUCAAUUAAAUCUCUUGCACUUAGUUCUAUAAUGAAGUUUAUUUCCUAUGGAGUUAUUAAUAAAAAUUCUUCAGGUCUUUCAUUAGCAAUUAAACGACUUAUAUCAGCUCUUACAAGAUAUAUAUCUGAAACACUUGAUUUAUUAUAUGAUGAAACGGUGUUACUUAAAAUGUUUAGAUUGAUAGAACAAAUAAUAAUAAGUGUCAUUGGAAGAUUUAUUUGCGAUUCAAUUAUUCCUGAAAUAAUUGAAAUAUGUUUAAAGGUAUCUUGUCGACUACAUUUAAGUAAGGUUCUUAGAAAAAGUGUUGAAAUGAUAAUGUUAUCUGUAAUUCAAACGAUUUUUGGAAGACUAAAAGAAAUAACAUUAAAAGAUGAAAAACUAUCAUUUAUGAUAGUAAAUGAUCAAGAAGUUUUGUCAAAAAAUCAAAAAUUUGUGUCUAAUAAUAAAAAUUCUAAAACAUUAUCAUCAGAGAAGAUUAAUUAUAAAAAUGAUUUUUUUUUAGAAAACAAAAAUGAUAAUAUAAAAAAUGGAGAACAGAUUGAUGAAGAGAUCGUUCCUUAUGGAAUUAUAUCAAUAAAAAAAGUCUUUUAUACUUUAAUAUUAUUACUAGAACCACAUAAUAGACAACAUACAGAUACUGUACGUAUUAUAGCAUUGCGAAUGAUUAAUACUGCUAUUGAAGUUUCAGGACCAGUGAUAGAACAUCAUCCAGAUUUGUGUCGUUUAAUCACAGAUGAUUUAUGCAGAUAUUUAUUUCAACUUAUUCAAUCAGAUAAUCUUUCUAUCAUAUUUCAUUCUUUUCAAAUAAUUUCAUUACUUCUACAUAUGAUGAGGCCUUUUCUUAAAUUUCAACAAGAAGUUUUCCUUAAAUAUGCUAUGUCCUGUUUUUCUAAUCACAAUGAUAUUAAAUAUCCAUCAGUUGGCCAUAUAUUAUAUCAAGAAAUGUUAGAUACACCAAAACAUAGACAUUUCAUAUCCGGAAAGGACAUUUCUAUUUCAACAAAAGAACAAAGAAAACUAGGGAAUGAAGAGUCUAGAGAAGUAAAUAUACAAGAAAUUAUCAUGGAAUGUAUUCUUGGUUUAGUUCGAAUACCCAGCUUUAUUAAUGAUUUGUUUGUAAAUUAUGAUUGCGAAAUAAAUAUGUGUAAUUUAUGUGAGGAUCUUAUUGAUUUUUUUAUUAGUAAUAUAUUUUCUGAUCCAAUGAUUUGGUCAAAAACGAAUAUACCAUUAUUAUCUUUACAAGCAAUAUUAAUAUUGGUAGAAUAUAUAUCUGAAAGAUUAAAUAUAGAAGAAAAUAAGGAAUCUUUAAUUCAUAAGUUCCCAUCUCUAGAAACUCUUUUGGAGAAGAAAAAUAAAAAAGCAACAAUAAUCCAAGGAUCUAUAAAAUUUAAUGAAAAACCAAGAGAAGGAAUAAAAUAUCUACAAAAUAAUGGAAUUUUAGAUAAGAAUGCUAGUUUUGAAUCAAUUGCUUCAUUUUUAAAAAAUACAAGUUAUGUCAACAAAAAAUUGCUAGGAAUAUAUCUUUCAAAAUUGGAAAAUUCUCAGGUUUUAGACUGUUUUAUUAAUACAUUUGAUUUUCGAGGGAAACGUAUUGAAGAAGCUCUUCGUGAAGUUUUGUCAUUUUUUAGAUUACCCGGUGAAUCACAACAAAUAGAACGAAUAUUGGAAAAGUUUUCGAAUAAAUAUUAUGAAACUAAUCCGGUUGAAAUAGAAACAGCAGACGCAGCUUUUGUUUUAGCAUAUUCGAUAGCUAUGUUAAAUGUUGAUUUACAUAAUACUCAAGUUAAGAAACGAAUGACUAUUGAGGAAUACACAAAGAAUUUAAGAAAUCUCAACAACAACAAAGACUUUGAUCCUGAAUAUUUGAAAACAAUUUAUGAAGCUAUCCGUUCUAAUGAGAUAAUUGUUCCUGAUGAACACAAUAGCCAAUUAGGAUUUGAGUAUACGUGGAGAAAUCUUACAAAAUUAUGUAUUAAUAAGGAAUUUCGAAUAUAUAAUACCAAUAUCUAUGAUCAAUAUAUUUUCGAAAUUACAUGGAAGCCUAUUAUUAGCUCAUUUACCUAUGCAUUUAUUUCUUCAACAGAUGAUAAUGUUCUUUAUUAUGUUGUCAAUGGGUUUGGUCAUUGCUCCAAAAUUGCAUCACAAUAUAAAAUGAGCGAAGUUAUUGAUUACAUAAUAUCAUGUCUUUUAAAAGUGAUAUCUAUUGAUGAUAAUGAAUUAAAAAACAUUUCUACUAACUUACUAAUAAAUAUUGAUGGCAAUGAUAUUUAUGUAAAUCCUUUUUCAAUUAAAUUUGGCGAAAACUUUAAGGCACAGCUUGCAGCUAUUGUUUUAUUUAGAAUAUCUAAUGGAAACGAAUCAUUGAUUCUAGAAGGGUGGAAAGAGAUAUUUAAACUCCUUUUUAUAUUUUUCAUUAAUCAUUUACUUUGUCCAUCCUUUACUCAAAUACAAAAUUAUAUUUCAAUUCCACCUAUUACUAUUACAUCCAAAGUAAAAAGUGGCAAGAAAAUAUAUGAGAACAGAUCCCUUGGAUUAUUAUCAGCAUUGUCAUCAUAUCUUUCGGGAUAUGGAACUAAUGAUGGGUUUAUUGCAUCGGAAACCGAAAUUGAGUAUGCAAUAUCUACAGCUGAAUGCAUUAAAUCGUGUCAUAUAGAAUCUUUAUAUAAAAAUAUGAUGUCGCUUGAUUUAGAUAUUACAAAACAAUUAAUCGAUAUUUUACUGCAACCAUUUUCUCAGGAUUUAUUUAUGAUGUUAAAUUUAAGAAAUUCUUCUCAAGAUAGCUUAAAAAGUAAUUCAUCAAAUAAUGACUAUUAUUUAAAAUACGAUGAAAUCAUUUUAUUAAGAAUGGAAAUAGCUACAUGUUUUGUUUUACGUGAUACAUCUUCUUUAAAAGAAUUUUCUCAAUUAGUGACUCGAUAUCUUUUAAAUUUCAUUAAUAAUUCGGAAAAGAUUCAUAAUAUAAUAAGAGAAAGAUUUAUUAUAUAUUUAUUACGUAUAGUUAAAGAAGAUAUUGAUAAAGAUCUAAAUCAAUUAAAAUUUUCUUCAGUGCUUCAUUCAUUAGCAUCAUUAAAUGAUGCUUUUAUAAUUGAAUAUGGACUUAGUAUUUCUAAUGGAAUUUUAGAAAUCAUCAAACUGUCAAAAAAUCAAGAAUAUAUCAACUCUGGUCAUUUGCUUAAACUUCUUUCAUUAGUUCAAAAGAAUGAAGUGGCUAUUCCUGUUACUUUUCAAAUUGUUCAACAUUUAUCAUCCCAAAAACUUUCAAAAGAAGGUUUUCAAUCAAUUAUUUUUUUAUUAAAUCAGAUUAUAAAUUACACAUCAAUAAAUAAAAAACAUAAUCUUGAGAGAAUUAAAUUACUAAUUUCUGAAGAAUCUCAAACAUUAGUUCAUUUUAUAGAUUAUGCAACUCAAUCAAUUAAUAUUUUAUAUCAACUUCAUUUAAAAGCGUUGUCAUUAUUUCCUGAUACCGAAUUAGACUUUGAAGAGGUCUGGAAAAUAUUUUGGGCACCUAUUUUUAAUAUAUUUCAAGAACAAUGCACGAAUAUCUUUUAUGAAGUGAGACAAGAAGCAUUUACAUGUCUUCAAAAAUCACUUUUGUCCUCACAAUUUUCUAAUGAUAAAAAUUUACAAUGGAUUCUUGUGUUCAAAGAAAUCUUAUUUCCAUUAAUAUUUCGUCUUUUGAAACCUGAAAUAUAUCAACUUGAUCUUCAAGGAAUGGCACAGGCACGAAUACAAGCAGUAACUCUUUUGUGCAAAGUUUAUCUUCAUUAUUUAGUAAAAUUGUCUAAAUACGAUGGAAUGCUUGACUUAUGGAUUAGCUUAUUAGAUAUUAUAGACAGAUUAAUCAAUAGUGGUCAACCAGAUCAUUUGACAGAAGCUGUUCUUGAAUCUCUUAAAAAUGUUUUAUUAGUGAUGAAUACAUCAGGUUAUUUAGUGCCACCAUCAGACUCAAAUUUAGUAUUUUCCGAAAAUUUGAAUCAUAGCAACAAUCAAUUUCAUUGUAUACUAUGGAAGGAAACAUGGAAUCGUAUUAAUCGUUUUUUGCCGCAUCUUAGAGAAGAACUAUUUCCUACAGAAAUUCAUUCUAAUUAAUAAUCCAGCAGAAAGAUAUAUAGAAAACAAUU